UCAGUCAGUUCUGUCGCAAGCUUCGCCGCGGCCAGACGUGUAGUUAGUCUGCCAACGCGCCGGGGUGAAACUUGCAAGCUCCAAUUCUAUCGAGCUUUCAGAUGGCUGUGCCUUUAAAAUUUUGACCUAUCUUUUUCUCCCUUUCUCCAUUAUUUUAUAAUUUACUUUGAUUUCUUCCGUCGUCGUAAUUGCCGUUCAUUAUUUCGCGUAGAAAAAGAGAUUUCGUCGAGUAUGCCGAGGAAGAUAGGAUUCAACGUCGUUUACGCCACGAGCGAAGAGGAUAGACAUUCUUCUUUAGAAUUAAAUAUACAUGGACCGACGGUACGAGGCUGGCAAAGUGCAAGAAAGUGUACGUAUCCUCAAGAACUUAUACUGCGUCUUCAUGGACCUACGAAACUCACCAGGAUACAAGUCCUUGCACACCAGUAUCUCAUACCGGAAAAAUUGGAAAUUUGGACGACGAAAGAAGAAAAUGCUUCCGUUACGUCGGAGUUCAGUUAUUUAGGGUACAUUACCUUAUCCGACAAUGCUUCUACUCUUUAUAAAAGUAGGGAGCUUAAAAGCGUUGCACUUCCAGAAACAGAAGCGGUAUCGCUCAAACUCAGACUUCACAAACCGCACAGCAAUGCGCACAAUAUCCAUGAUCAGGUUGGUCUGAUCGCGAUCAAUAUUCUCGGAGAACCUUAUGGUCACGAAUUAAGUGGUCAAGGAGAUGCACCGUAUAAUCCUCAUUAUACGUCUCCUUACGACGAUCUAGCAUUUGAGAUGUACGUUGAUCGUGAAGUGGCGAAAAUUAUUAGACAGAUGGAAGCAAAAAAGUUACAGGCCGUGGAAGAGGAAAGGUUCGAGUACGCAUCGAAGCUCAAAGUAGCAAUGGAAAAUUUAAGAAAAGCCGGAGAACGUCUCGGGAAGUACGAAUUGGAAAAGAAAUAUGCGAUAGCUUUGGAAGAUUAUGACAAAGCAAAAGCGAAAAAAGCACAGGCGCAACAGUAUAGGCAACAAGUUUAUCAAAGUUUAGAGGUCGAAGAUUUACUUGAAAUUCAUGGGCCAUUAGAAAAGAAUAAUUUAUCGUCAUUGGAAGGAAAAGAGCCGAUAACCGUGGAUACUUGUACUUCGAACGUAGCUACAGUUGCGGAAGAUAUCACGUCUCCUCCGAGAUUAGUUGUUCCACCUAAUCGCGAUGGAGCUUUAUCACCUACAGGUCCAGCUCAUCAACCACCUGUAUCACCGUUACAUCAAAAACCAAGUAGUCCUGAAGUUACCGAUAGCCCUACAAACGGCAUACUCGAAAGACAGAAUAACUGUAAUAAAGGAUCAUUAAGAAGAAAAACGAAAUCUGCAGGACCUGCGCUCCGAUCCAGUUACGAGGCUUACGAGGAAAGAACUAUACCUGCUUUGAGGCAUUCGCACACGAAUGAAUUCACGAGGGAAUGCCAUAUGGACAGCACAGAAACAAAAGCUGCAUCUAAACUUAAUGAUAGAGAAAAGAAACAAGCUGCAUUACCUAUAACUGUAUUUGGAAUGGAAAUGGUGGAAAAGUUCUAUUCAAAACAAUUUACUGAUAAAGAAGAAGGAUUAAUGCAGUUAAAAGAAGAAUUAAAAACUUUUGAUCCGGAAGUAUCGAAACAUUCGGCAAAUAAAACCGCUAGGGCUACAAUUUUGUUAUUACAUAGAGCUUUAAGAGACAAAGUCUUCAGUGUUUAUAGCUUAGCUGCGCAAUUAAUUAGAAUUUUUUUUGCUGAAUUUGCAGCAGACAGGGUAUCAUCGACUGAAAUUGCAAGAAGCGUAGAACGUUUACUUCCAGAACUUCUGACAAAAUCAGGAGAUACGACUCCAAGAAUUCAUAAUAUGGCGGUGCAUACAAUCCUCAGUAUGGCAGAUUGUAAAUGUGUCAGAGAAUUGCACAUAAUUCCAGUUCAUUUAACAAGACCAGUCAGUAGUAGUACGCAUCAAAGAUUGGCAUUAAGUAGGCUAGAGAUGGUAGAACAGUUAAUAUUAAAUCAUGGAAUAUCAACAGAUAAACAAAGUGGUUUGACAUGUCGGACAUUAUCUGAACUGGGUUCUUCAGGGUUGCAUCAUCCUGCAGAAGCAGUACGAAAAGUUUCAGAAAGAAUUUUGGUUUUAGUAUAUAAAGUUAAUCCUAGGUUGGUUCGUAAACAAUUACCUCCUGAUGAUGAUAUUACAAGAAGAAACUUACUGUAUCGUCAACUCUUUCACGAGUUCGAUUUGAUAGAUCUUCAGAGAAAAAAAGAAGCCGAAAGUGGAUCUAAAGCUACGACGACUCCAACGCGCACAAAGUCAACAGAAAAUAAUGUAACAGAAUCAACAAAAUCUCCUCAAAGGACAAGUCCAGUUGUUAGUACGGGUAGUUCAACGAGUAUUACGUCCCCGUCCGAAAAUAGUGCUGAUCACAAAGGAGAUAAAAUGUGUAUAUUUUGCUUAUCCAAAGGACAAGUUUAUUCUGAAGAAGGUCUAAAUAUACAUUACUGGAGAAGCUGUCCAAUGUUAACAAGAUGCGAAGCGUGUAAACAAGUUGUUGAAAUUUCUUAUUUGAAUUCACAUUUACUAAAUGAAUGUGAUAUGAGGCGCAAUUAUAUAAAAUGCGAUACUUGUAAGCAAGCUGUAUAUGAAGGUUCUUUCGAUGAACAUAGAAAAGAAAAGACAUGCUCAAAACCUAUUGAAGGCCACGAACAUUGUCCACUCUGUCAUGGACUGGUCAAUCAAAAUAAAUGGAGAGAACACUUAAUGGGAGAUCAACCAUGUAAAAAUAAUCCACGAAAUAAAAUUGGAAAAUCUUGUUCCAGAUCACCAUCUAAUACACAAAAUCUUGGUGGGAAGUUAACUUCACCAACUGGAAAAGAUUACUAGCAUUAGCCAUCCAAUUCAAAUUUGUUAUAGUCCAACAAAUUGUAGAAAAUUUUUAUAAUUUCGUUUAUUUUUUGUAGUUUAUAUAUUUGUUAUAACUUGUCCAACGUUUUUCAUAUUUAUACUUAUAUUUAACUCGUUUUCUAGCUAAGCCCGUCCUUCUCGUAAGUAAAAACAUUUAGUUAAAAAGAUCGUUAACUACACGUGACAUAAUCUUCAAUCUUUGAAAACUAAAAUUCUAUUAUGGAAUAAAAUAGAAAACGAACAAAGUGAUAUUUAAUAUAAUUAAAGGGUAAAAAUUAGUCAAGUAUAGACAAGUUUACAUUUUUUGCAAGUAUAAGAUAAAUACUCCAGAUGGUUGAAUUUAUCUAACAAUAUAAUAUCAAUCGUUAUGGCAUUAGCCACCUCAGAAUUCAUGAUUCCUCUGUAUCCGGCCAAUAUUUAUAACACGUUUGUACAAUAUCCUUUAAUAACAAAAUCUUACUAGGUCCAUGACCAAACAAUAAUAAUAGUUCAAAAGCAUUAAUUCAGAAGGGUAUUUCUUGCUCAAAUAUCAUAAAAUAAGAUAUGUAAUUUCAUAAAAGUAAUUAUUUCUCAAGACAUAGAUAGUAAAUACAUUUCCCAUUAUUAUAAA